CUCUCUGCUAGUUGAUUCACUUACUCACCCACUAACACUGAGCUCCCUUUCACUGUCUGUGGGCUAAAAAAAAAAGGGACGGAAAGAAGCAGAAAUAAAGGGGGAGAGCAGUGCAAGUCUGAGAUCUACCCAGAAAAGAGGAUAUUGUUGAUUUGCUGAGCUGCCUGGCUGCAUUGUGAGCUGCUGCAACACGAUGUCGUUUCUUGGGCAACGCUGGCGAUAAACAUGAAACUGUGCCUGGCAGGGCUAUCUCAUGUACCAGUUUGUGAACGGAACUGUUUAACCUCUUCAGUUCCUGAGAGGAUCUAGUGGGUGUCUGCUGAUAGAUUUGGUUAACUGCUUCAUGCACGAAGAUCUUGAGAGGAUGCACUGAUGAACGAAUACUACAGAAUGCAGACACAUAAAAUAGUGUGCUAAGUGGGAUUGCUGUCAAGUGAUACGCCUGUCUCGUCCGGCCUGAAGAUCAGCUGUCGGUGACCUUGCUCUGCCACAUUCUUUUUCCUCUGCAUUAUGUACAAGAAUAGAAUGAAGGGGAAGAGAUGGACAAUGAAUCUCGACAAAUGAAUUAACAGACCCACUCUGCCUGAGGGAACAGUGCACAGGUCAUGCAGGUUUGAAGAUCUUUCAUGGCUUUCAGGUAGAAAUUAAGAGGAUAAAGUCAGGAUGAACUCUAUGGACAGGCACAUACAGCAGACAAAUGACCGUCUGCAGUGUAUAAAGCAGCACUUACAAAAUCCAGCAAACUUCCACAAUGCAGCAACUGAACUUCUGGACUGGUGUGGGGACCCCCGAGCUUUUCAGAGACCCUUUGAGCAGAGUCUUAUGGGCUGUUUGACGGUAGUCAGCAGAGUUGCAGCACAGCAAGGUUUCGAUCUGGACCUUGGAUACAGGCUACUCGCUGUAUGCGCAGCCAACAGAGACAAGUUCACUCCCAAAUCAGCUGCCCUCCUUUCCUCGUGGUGUGAAGAGCUGGGAAGGCUCCUCCUCUUACGCCAUCAAAAGAACAGACAGAACGAACCCCCAGGGAAAAUCCCUAUGCAGAACCCCAUGAACUCAUUAACCUCCAUGAAACCCUCUUUGUCCCAUGGUGAUGGGUCUUUCCCCUAUGACUCGGUCCCUUGGCAACAGAACGCUAGCCAGCCUCCGGGUUCCCUAUCUGUGGUCACUACAGUGUGGGGUGUCACAAACACGUCUCAGAGCCAGGUGUUGGGAAACCCAAUGGUGAAUGCAAACAAUCCAAUGAACCAAGGUGGUAACCCUAUGGCAUCUGGCAUGAACAGCAGCAAUGCUGGCAUGAACUCCCCUCAGUUUGCUGGCCAGCAGCCCCAGUUUCCUACGAAAGGAGGAUCCAGCCAAUCGUACAUGCAGCAGAGCAUGUAUGGUCGCCCCAGCUAUCCCGGAGGAGGCGGGUUUGGUGGGAGUUACCCGGGAGGCCCUAAUAACCCUUCAGGGAUGGGUAUGCCUCCUCACUCUCGGCAGCCUCCGGAUUUUACUCAACCUGCGGCCGCUGCUGCAGCAGCUGCAGUCGCUGCCGCUGCAGCAACUGCCACCGCCACAGCAACAGCCACGGUGGCAGCACUGCAGGAAACGCAGAAUAAGGAGAUGAAUCAGUAUGGUCCAGUGUGUUCCUCUUUCCAGAUGGGUCCAGCUCAGGCCUACAACAGUUCGUUCAUGAACCAGCCUGGCCAGCGGGUCCCGUCUGCCAUGCAAGGGAAUAUGAACCCAGGUGGCAUGGGUCCUAACAUGGCACCUUCCAACAUGAGUGGCCCACCCAUGGGGAUGAACCAGCCUCGACCUGGCAUGAAUCCUUUUGGUGCCCAUGGCCAGAGAAUGCCCCAACAAGCUUAUCCAGGGCCAAGGCCUCAGUCAAUACCCAUGCAAGGCAUGAAAAGGCCGUAUCCAGGAGAGCCUAAUUAUGGAACCCAGCAAUAUGGACCAAGCAGUCAGUUUCCCAGCCAGCCAGGGCAGUACCCAAGUCCUAACCCUGCCCGUCCCAUGACAUCCCCUAACUACCCAGGACAGAGGAUUGCUGGACAGCACAGUGCAGGGCAAUACCCACCUUCCAACGUCAACAUGGGGCCAUACUAUAAGCAAGAGCAGUUUAAUGGACAAAAUAACAACUUUUCUGGGAGCGGCUACAAUAGCUAUAGCCAAGGCAGUAUGAACGGGCCAUCCAGAACAGGUCCAGUUGGGAGCUAUCCCCACUCUCCUGUCCCAGGGAAUCCCACUCCUCCAAUGACUCCUGGGAAUAGUAUACCCUCCUACUUGUCCCCAAGUCAAGAUGUCAAGCCUCCCUUCCCCCCAGAUAUUAAGCCGAACAUGAGUGCGUUACCUCCACCUCCAAAUGCAAAAGGGAAAGUUCACGCUUUCUCUCCUUCUUCGAUCUCAGCCAGCCACACAGAUGAGCUACGUCUGACCUUCCCUGUCCGGGAUGGAGUGGUGUUAGAGCCCUUCCGGUUGGAGCACAAUCUCGCGGUUAGCAAUCAUGUGUUUCACUUGCGGCCGACGGUCCACCAGACGUUGAUGUGGAGAUCUGACCUGGAGCUGCAGUUUAAAUGCUACCACCAUGAAGACCGACAGAUGAACACCAACUGGCCGGCAUCAGUGCAAGUCAGCGUCAACGCCACUCCUCUCACUAUCGAAAGAGGUGACAACAAGACUUCCCACAAACCCCUGCACCUCAAACAUGUCUGCCAGCCGGGCCGCAACACCAUACAGAUCACAGUCACUGCUUGCUGCUGUUCGCACUUGUUCGUGCUGCAGUUGGUUCAUCGGCCUUCGGUACGGUCUGUACUUCAGGGAUUACUGAAGAAGCGGCUGCUCCCGGCUGAGCACUGUAUCACAAAAAUAAAGAGGAACUUCAGUAGCGUUGCAGCCUCCUCUGGAAAUGCAGCCCUGAAUGGAGAAGAUGGGGUGGAGCAGACAGCAAUUAAAGUUUCCUUAAAAUGCCCGAUCACGUUCAGGCGGAUUCAACUUCCUGCGCGGGGUCACGACUGCAAACAUGUACAGUGCUUCGAUUUGGAGUCGUAUCUGCAGCUAAAUUGUGAAAGAGGAACGUGGCGUUGUCCUGUAUGCAAUAAAACAGCACUGUUAGAAGGCUUGGAGGUGGAUCAGUAUAUGUGGGGCAUUCUCAAUGCAAUACAGAACUCGGAAUUUGAAGAAGUGACAAUAGACCCUACAUGUAGCUGGCGACCAGUCCAAAUUAAGUCGGAAAUCCACAUUAAGGAUGACCCUGAUGGUAUUCCAUCAAAAAGGUUUAAGACCAUGAGUCCCAGCCAGAUGAUUAUGCCCAACGUCAUGGAGAUGAUCGCAGCCCUAGGUCCAGGUCCAUCCCCAUAUCCCUCGCUACCCCCUCCUCCAGGAGGCAACAACUCUGGAGAGUAUGUUGGACAAGGUAAUAAUUACCAAGGUCAUGGCAACUUUGAUUUCCCCCAUGGAGCUUCUGGUGGGACGACGAUGAACGAUUUCAUGCACGCACCUCAGCUUUCCCACCCACCUGACAUGCCAGGGGGAAUGUCUUCAAUGGACAAGCCGCUCAGUCACUCCAUGCAGGAUUCUAUCCCCCAUGUGGGAAAUUCUGAUCAACCACAUAGCGGCAUGCCUCAAGGUUUACAUCCGCCUCACCCAGGCAGCCAACCCGGGCAACCCUUACAUCAUGGUGGGCCAGCUCCUCAAUCACGGCAUCCACCUCAAGGUCCCAGCCACCCCCAUGGUGACAUGAGUUUUAACCCCUCCUCAGUUCUAGAAGGUCAGCCUGGUGGACAAGGACCUCCUGACAUGCCAGAGCCUUCGCUGGAUCUCCUCCCAGAACUCGCAAACCCUGAUGAGCUUCUCAAUUAUUUGGAUCCUCCAGAUCUUCCCAACAACAGUAAUGAUGACCUACUUUCCCUCUUUGAAAAUAACUAAAAUGGGAAAGAGAGGGGUUUGCUCUCCUCCCGAAUCCAUAAUUCAACCCAAUUGACAACACACAGGCAGGGAAAGCUCCAGUAAGACCACCCCUUACGUUUUGAUACUGCCCAUCUACCCUCUUGUGGCCAGCUUUCUGGCAUACUCCUGGUGACGUUUACUUUGAAGACUGAUGCGCAUUCAGUGACGCUGCUAAAUGGGAACCAGGAGUUCAGGCUACCAUGGACAUUAGACGUGGUGCUUGAUCUUGCUCCUCUACCCCACCUCACAGGUUAUUGAGGGGAAAAGUGAUUUCACCUUAAAACACAACAAGGAGGAGUCAAUGGUGUGUGCCUAAACCACAUACAAUGUUUCCCAUCUAGGAUGCCCUGUGCUUUGCCCCUUUUCUUACACAUCAACGGUCUCACAUCAGCUGGAAAAGAAGAACUGAAUCAGGAUAUUGAAACAAAGAUGGAAUCAGCACACACAAAGCACAAAACUCCAAAGCAGUGAGCAACUUGCAGGUGACAUCAUGCUCACAAUGUAUACAAAAAGGCACUGAGAUAGAGGACAGCCAUGCUGGGGGCCUCUUGCUUGUUCUGUUUGUUACCUGGGUAUAUUUUCCCCCCAUUUGUAUUGUGGCAUUGUUAAGAAAACUCCCAGGUCUCUGGCCAGACACAAACCCAAACCUCUACAGUUCCUAUGUGAACAGACUUCUGUAUCAAACGGUUUGAAAAUCCUGACUUCUUAUCCCAUGGACAUAAAUGCAGUGCCCUUAAUUCCUCUCUCUCUUUUUAUUUUUUUCUUAAUUAUUUUUUUGUUUAUAAGCUGCAUCACACGGGGCAUUUAUUAUGGUUAAAAAGGCAGCUUUUAAGGAGUUUUUGUUCUUAAUUAUUAUAUUUUACCCAAAGACUGUUACACAGUAUCUGGCCUUUUUAUUUACCUGCCUGGCGAGGAUUUUCUUUUUUAUAUAUAUAUUACAAAAUCCACACAAAAAAAAAACAGUUUAAAAAAAUAAAUAAAAGUUUGUUAUUUGUGCAAUCUUCCUUAUAAGCCACCCUGUGGUCAAGGUACCUUAAAGAGUUUGGGGGUGGGGGCUUCUAAAUGCAUGAGUCUGACUCUGUUUCCGUGCUUCUGAGUUGUUAAUGCUGCUUGCUUCUGUAACAUCGUUGUUAUAUUUGUACAGAAGUGCAUGUGUGCCAAUCAGUGCUUUUCCUAGUUUGUCUCAUAAUUUAACCCUUUCACUGCUAGAUGGUUUGAACAAAAUCUUUAGCAGGGAAAAAGGUUAAAAGACAUAAUUUUUUUUGGCUGUUUUGUAAACAAGUUCCCUUUUUUUCCUAGCUGUGUCAGCUUUAAUAUUCUGUGUCCUUUUUUUCUUCUUCUGAUAUUAGUUUGAUUAUUUUUUUUUUGCCUGUAUGUUUUGCUUGUACAGAUGUGAAUGACACACCAAACAAACCUAUUUUGUUGAACUUUUUUGUUUUCUCUUUCUAUCACCAAAGUUGUAUUUUGUAAAUUUUUUUUAUUUAAAAAGAUAUAAAAAUGAAAGGAAAAAAAAAAAAACACAAAUGACAAGACAAUAUUUCCUUCUCUUCCCUUUGCAGCAUUUUGAAUUUACCAGCAUUAUUUUCGUUUUGUCUUCAUAUAGAAAGCGCUGCUUUCUGUUAUAAACAUGUCUCUGUGUUUUUAUUUUGUGUGUGUGCAUAAGCAUUCUUUUUUUUUUUUUACUUUUUCAAAAUGGCAGCACAGGACGCUGUUCAUAUGCAAUUCAUUGUUUUAAAGGAAAAAGAAAAAAACUAUUGUAAAUAUAUUUUAGAGACACUUUUUUUGCGUCCCUGUUCAUUCUUUUGCAGAUUUUUUUAUGGGUGUUUUUCCCCCCCCUCUGUUUCACGUUUUUUUUUUGCAGUUGUGCCUGCAAUUCAUUGCUCUGUAUUAUACCAAAUGCUGCUCUGGGAUUGAAUGGGUUAGAGUGAACUUUAGGGUAUAAAAGUCCAUUCUAUGCUAAAACAUAGAAUCUGUGCCAACUGACAGAGGGCUUUGAAAUGCUAAAAGAUGCAAAUUGAAAGUUUAAUGUUGAGGUCUAACCUUAUAUACAAUACUGUUUUUUGUUCCAUAUUUUUAGCCUUACCAAUGGUCUUACUUGUCUUAGAAUUCAUAUAUGCACUGUCAUUAUAUGCAAAUAAAAAUGACAGACUUGCCCUGCACUAAAACAAGUUGGUUAUACCAAGAGGUUUACACUCCUGGUGGGUUAAUUUGGUUUUAUGAGGUUUCAUUUUCACAAGAAUAUAAAUUACAUAGACGUGACUGACAAAAUAAAUAUAUUCUUAGAAUUAGAGGGAUAGUGAACACUUAAAUAUAAAAAACUUAAUUAUACAUAGUAAAAUAACUUUUCAAUAUACCAUUGUGGAUUUGCUCCGCCAAAUAAGAAAAGUGAGGGGUCGAAUUAAAAAAUGACAGCAAACAAGGUGUUAAUCUUUUCUAAUAACAUUCAGACUCUGCUGAUAUGUUAAUCUAUUGGAAGAUUACAGAAGAUGUUAAAUGUGUUUACCGUCCCUUUAAAUGAGCAUAUUAUACUGUGUCAAUGCGGUUUUUGAAAGCGUGUGCGUGAACUAGACGACCAUUAUAUGGUGAUAAAUCGUUCCCACACAACUCCAGAUUUUUCUGCCCUUAAAAACUACGGACCUCAGUACCUUUUAUUGUUGAUAAAUAGCAGCAAAUACAAAUAACGUUCAUGAUCUACCUACAGAUUUGCAGCUGAUUGGAUAAAUCAGUAAGACUAUAUUUAUGAUUGUUUGCAGUACAUUAUAGUGCUGAAUAAAUGUCUCACUAUUGCCACCAUACUAAAAUCUAAUAUUGCUUUAAAUGUCUUACCUGUAAAAUGCAAAUCUUAAAGUUAAGUGUAACCCCUUCAUUGCCAGAAAUGCACACUACAGUGUGUGUGUGUGUGCUGCAGCGUUACUGAGCAUUCAUUUAAAUAUAAGAUGGAGAACAAAAAUGGUUUUAAGGCAGUUUGCAACUGGAAUCACUUUAACCCUUUAAUGCUAAAGAAGGAUAAAGAGAUUAUAGCAUCGUCGGCUAAUGUUUUACCCUAUAAUGGGUUAAUGGACUUAACACACCCUUUGUAAAUAUGUAUAUGACCAGUAGAGACAUAAAACACAGACACAUUCAUUUUCCUUGGAAUGUGCGUUUGUUUGUUUUUUAUUUUGCAAAAAAAAAGUGGUUAAAAAUGAAAAAAAAAAAAAGUGUGUUUCCAUUUGGCGUGGAAAUAAUCCUAUAUUUGGGAGGGCAGGGCGAUGUGAUGGGCCGGGUGCAUUUUGUGUGAAAUCACAGCAUUGUUUCCACUCCUGUAAAAUACUUUGACCCUUUGUGGAGAAAUUAAAAAAAAAAAAAAAGUUUUGUUCUGUUUUAUCUAUGUAACAUUUUAGCUGACUCGCAUUAGUCCUGUGUAUUUUUAAGGUGCUACAUAAGGAGUAAAAACACCAUGAAGAAAAGUGGAAAAUGGGAAUACGUAAAAUAAUAAAAAAUAAAAAAAAGAUUGUAACCAAAUUCUUUGUACAAUUUUUGAUAUUGUAAUCAGAUGGAAAUAAUGAGAAAAAAAACCCUAAAAUUUAAAUGAAAUGGUACAAUCUAUAAUAAAACAUGCAAAAAGGGCCACUGUAUUUUGUCUGUACAUUGUAUGUACACUUUAAUCAUUCAUAUUUGUAACUCCUUCUCUGCCAGAGAGAACAGUGUCCUCUCUCUAGCAGUGAAGGCAAUAAAAUGUUCAGAAAUAAAAUAAAUGUGCUUUUUAGUCUUGCAAAACUGUAUGUAGUUAGUUGUGUCCACCUUAUAUUUAUCAAAUAAAUAUGUACUCAGAUGAAACCUG